AUCAGACGAUACUCAGAGGCCAUGACGCUGCCCGACUCUUUCAUCCAGCGCCAACAGCUGGACGCCAGCAUGGCUGACACCUUCCUAGAGCACCUGUGUCUUCUGGACAUCGACCAGGAGCCCAUCACAGCUCGCAACACCAGCAUCAUUUGCACCAUCGGUCCUGCGUCCCGCUCCAUUCCUAAACUCCAGGAGAUGGUUAAAGCCGGAAUGAACAUAGCACGGUUAAAUUUCUCUCAUGGUUCCCACGAGUACCACGGUGAAACCAUCAAGAACAUCCGCGAGGCCGUGGAGACCAUCACUUCGGACCCGUUGUACUAUCGGCCUGUGGCCAUCGCCUUGGAUACCAAAGGACCAGAGAUCCGUACUGGAUUAGUGAAUGGGAAAGCGGAGGCAGAGGUGAAUCUGGAAAAGGGCAGCCAUGUUCGCGUGGUGACAGCGCAGGCUGACAAAGACUCCACAGACGGCAAGACCAUCUGGGUGGACUAUCCAAGCUUGCCACAGGUUGUGAAGAGGGGCGGCAAGAUCUACAUCGAUGACGGUCUCAUUGGACUGAAAGUUCAGGAAACUGGUCCAGACUGGGUGGACACGGUGGUCGAGGCGGACGGUGUGCUAUGUAGCCGCAAAGGCGUCAACCUGCCCGACUGCAACCUGAUCGGCAUGCCCGCGGUCAGCGAGCGAGACGAGGCUGACCUGAGGUUCGGGGUGGCGCAGGGCGUGGACAUGGUCUUUGCUAGCUUCAUCCGCUCGGCGCAGGACGUCCGGGAGGUGAGGCGAGCACUGGGCCCGCACGGGAAGGACAUCAAGGUGAUCAGCAAGGUGGAGAGUCGCCAAGGAGUCCAGAACAUUGAAGAGAUCUUGGCGGAAAGCGAUGGCGUGAUGGUUGCCAGGGGUGAUCUGGGGAUCGAGAUCCCCGCCGAGAAAGUCUUCAUCGCCCAGAAGAUGAUGAUUGGUCGCUGCAACUCGGCCGGCAAGCCUGUCAUCUGUGCCACGCAGAUGCUGGAGAGUAUGAUAGCCCACCCGCGGCCCACCCGAGCAGAGAGCAGUGACGUCGCCAACGCCGUGCUGGACGGAGCCGAUUGCGUUAUGUUAUCUGGCGAGACUGCUAAGGGCCUGUUUCCCGUGAAGGCAGUCGCCAUGAUGCACUCGAUCUGUAGAGAAGCAGAAGCAGCCAUUUUCCACCAGCAGCUAUUUGAGGAGUUGCGCCGCCUGACUCCUUUGUCCUCGGACCCCACUGAGGUCACGGCCAUCGGAGCUGUCGAAUCAUCCUUCAAGUGCUGCGCCGGGGCCAUCAUCGUCCUCACCACUAGUGGCAGGUCAGCACACCUCCUGUCAAGGUAUCGGCCCCGCUGUCCAAUCAUUGCAGUCACCAGGAGCCCACAGGUGGCGCGUCAGUCACAGCUGCUCCGGGGGGUCUUCCCCGUCCUCUUCCACCCACUCCCUGCACCCGUCUGGGCUGACGAUGUUGACAACCGCGUCAACUUUGGCAUGGAAAUAGGGAAGGCCAGAGGAUUCUUCAAAGAGGGGGACAUGGUGAUUAUAGUGACUGGCUGGAUUCCGGGGUCAGGUCACACCAACAUCAUGAGGGCCGUCAACGUCACAUAG